AUGUCUGUUGCAGCAUCUCAUCGUGACAACACAAGAAGAUGUGCCAAUUUUACUGCAAACAAACAUUUGGAGCAAUAUGAAGUUGAUGACAAUGUGGAACAUAAGGUACAGAAAGAGAAGUUAAAGAAGGUUAUAUCUUCCAACAAUCAGAAUCCUUCAGGAAAGCUAGACUUCAUUGACUGGGUCCAACCUUUGGGAGUUUCCUACCACUUCGAACAUAAAAUUGAAGAUACAUUGUCAAAGAUUCACAGCAUUUAUACCAGCAACAACAAUGUUGUUAGGCGGGAUGGAGGUGAUAAUCUUCACUUUGUGGCUUUACUCUUUCGGUUGCUGAGGCAACAUGGAUAUCCCGUUUCAUCUUAUGUAUUUGAGAGAUUCAAGGACAUCAAGGGAAAGCUUAAUAAUGAAAGUCUCGCUGAAGAUAACAUUGAAGGAAUGUUGGCCCUGUAUGAAGCUACACAAUUGGAGGUUCCCGAAGAGAGCAUACUGGACGAAGCUCUUCAUUUCACUUACACCUGCCUUAAAUCCCUCAUAGAUAACAACCAACUGAGCCCUUGUCUCAAUGCACGUGUCAACCACCGCUUAAGUCAGCCUCUGCACAAGAGAUUGCAUAGGCUAGAGCAUUUGCAUAAGAGAGAAAUUGGCAAUAUCACCAAGUGGUGGAAAGAACCAGAGUUGCCCAAAGAGGUCCCUUACGCCAGAGAUCGAUUGGCAGAAUCCUACUUUUGGUCUUUAGCCAUGUCUUAUGAGCCUCAACUCAGCACUACAAGAAUGAUAACUAGCAAAUUGGUUGCUAUUAUCUGUCUUCUUGAUGGUAUCUAUACGCCUAUGGCACACUUGAAGAACUUGAACUUUUCACAUAGGCCAUCCACAGGUUUGAUAACAGAUUAUAGGGCCAACUUAUUUACCAAUCCUAUUGCUGAAAAGUGA